CUUACUAAGUUCGCCUACUUUAUUUUCUAUAAAAAAUCUAAUAUUAUAAAAAACUUAUUAUAUAUAUUUAUUAAGGUUAUAUUUUUAAGUUACGGUUUAUUAAAAAAAUUAUCUUUAAUAAAAAUAAGCUAUUUAUUUUAA